UUUCGACCAAACGAGAUCGUUCCAUGUUUCUUCUCUCCACUAAAACCCUAAAUCCCCGCUUCUUCGUCUCUGAUCUUACUCAAUUCGUCUGCUUCCAGGUCCUUGCGGGUUGGUUAAUCCAGGAAACACCCAAUAAUCCUUUCUUCAUUUCACAUGAGAUACCGGAGGAGCAUGAAAAGUUGAGCUCUGAGAGAGAGUGAUGAAGAUUGCUAUUGAAGGGUGCAUGCAUGGAGACCUCGACAAUGUGUACAAGACGAUUCAACACCAUGAACAAAUUCACAACACUAAAGUCGAUCUCCUCCUCUGCUGCGGCGAUUUCCAGGCUGUGAGAAAUGAGAAAGACAUGGAUAGCCUUAGCGUACCUAUAAAAUACAGAGAGAUGAAGUCCUUCUGGAAGUACUACUCCGGCCAAGAACUUGCCCCCGUUCCCACUCUUUUCAUCGGUGGGAAUCACGAGGCUUCCAACUACUUGUGGGAACUGUAUUAUGGGGGUUGGGCUGCCACCAAUAUCUACUUUCUAGGUUAUGCAGGGGUAGUUAAGUUCGGUAAUCUGCGGAUUGGAGGCCUUUCGGGUAUUUACAAUGGCCGAGAUUACCAUUCAGGACACUUUGAGCGGCCGCCAUAUAACAAGAACACCAUCAGAUCGGUCUACCAUGUACGUGAGUAUGAUGUCCACAAGUUGAUGCAGCUCGAAGAGCCGCUUGAUAUAUUCCUCUCACACGAUUGGCCUGUUGGAAUCACUGAUUAUGGAGACUCAAAAUCACUUAUUCAGCAAAAGCCUGACUUCCAAGAAGAGAUCGAGGCGAGAACUCUCGGAAGUAAACCAGCGGCUCUACUGCUAGAAAAACUGAAGCCUCGGUACUGGUUUUCAGCUCAUUUACACUGCAAAUUCGCUGCUUCUGUUCAACACGGGGGGAGCGAUGGCUCUGUGACAAAGUUUCUUGCCUUGGAUAAAUGCGGUCCAGGGAAAAAGUUUCUACAGAUCAUUGAUAUCAAGUCAGAGCCUGGACCUUUUGAAGUGCUAUACGACGAAGAGUGGCUUGCAAUAACACGAAAGUUCAAUUCUGUUUUCCCUCUAACAGAGAGACGCGCCAACUUCAGCUCUGCUACAAUGAAUAUACAAGAGAGCCGCGAGUGGGUGAGGAAGAAGCUAGAAGAAAGGCAAUUUAAACCUUUUGAGUUUGUUAGGACAGUCCCUGCAUAUAACCCUUCACAACCUUUCUUUGAUUCUAUACCUGAUAACCCGCAGAACCCCCAGACAGUGUCUUUGUUAGAGCUCCUUGGUCUUCCAUAUCUGCUUGAUACACCAUCACCAGUAACAGGGGAGAAAAUUGCUAUCCCUGCUUCACUUGCUUCAUCAGACUUCAAAACGUAUGAUAGUGAAGAAAUCCCAAUUGAUGAUAUUGAUGAUUUGGAAGAGAUAGCAGAGGCAAAAGGGGAUGACCCUACAAGAGAAUAGGCAUGAAUAGUCUCUCCAUUACACUGUUAGUUGUGUUCAACCAUCUUUCGAGAAAGCCGAGCAAUUUGUCUUUCUUCCUGAAGUACAUUGGCUUGGGAAGGUACUCUCCGAGGAGGGUGAUGGAAGAAGUGGAAGAAAAUGUACGAGGAAGAGAAACUCCAAAAGAAAAAUCUUCUUGUUGAGGAAGAGGAAGAAGAGUAUUAGUAUGGGACCAUUGAGGACUUGAUCGAUGUCUGUGACUGUGAGUAAAGUUGUCCAACCAUGAUCAAGACUGAAACGUGAUUUUUUAUUUUUUAUUAAUUGAUUUUGUCUGUAGUCUGUUUGUGCAUUAGAUUUGAAGAGAGUUUUGGUUGCUUCUUAAAUUUCAUAGCACAACAAUACAAUUUAGCAUGCUAACCUUUUCAUUAAAUUUCUCUAACUAAAGAGUAUCUUCAA